AUGAUUCCUGAACAGAUGAGCCUAGAAGCACACGGACUACGUGGAUUCCCCUUAGAAAUGCGGCGUUCGGAUUAUUCCGAGUUGGAUAUUCGGGUCAAAGAUGAAAACGAAAACUGUGACACAUUUCUCGUAGCUUCGAAACGCAGCGUGAUAAAUCUGCGGGAUUUAACCCACUCCGGACCCACGCCGAUUUCUCAUACAAUGAGGAGAGAUUUGCACAGCCCGUCGGACAGUGUAUCUUCUGACGACUUUCAUGACAUCAGUGCUGGUCUCAAUCUAACAGGGAGCAGGAAACGACCAUGUGAAUCCCAGGUUUCAGCUACGAAGAAAAUUCGAAAGACUGUUAGCCCAGGAAAGAAUCCGUCAACGCAGAACUUCGAGGAAAUACAAAACCAAAGGGUUUUAGCAAAUGUCCGGGAAAGACAACGAACGCAGUCAUUAAACGACGCUUUUUCUCAACUAAGGAAGAUUAUUCCAACAUUACCUUCGGAUAAACUCAGCAAGAUUCAGACUUUGAAACUAGCGACGAAGUAUAUCGACUUUUUGUAUCAGGUGUUACGUAAUGAUGAGCGGGAUUUGAAGUUUGGUGGUAGCCAUGGCAACAGUUGUAGUUUCGUUGCGAAUGAGAGACUGAGUUACGCGUUCUCUGUUUGGAGAAUGGAAGGAGCCUGGUCGCAAUGA